AUGAAAAGUCCUGGGUGCACCUCCAGGCGGGUGAAAUGUUUCCUCGUUUUCAGCCUUUGCUUGGGACUCAUCUUCCUCUCGGGAUUCUUCCAUAGGGAGAGUAAACAAUUCGUAGUCUUGAAGAAGAACCACGAGGAGCUGCUGGAACCUUCUAUGCCUUGCCACCCCAAGACUAACGUCAUGUUCCUCAAGACCCACAAGACGGCCAGCAGCACCAUCCUGAACAUCAUGUUCAGAUUUGUGGAGAAGCACAGCCUCACCGUUGCCCUUCCAGCUGGCCAGAACGUCCACCUGGGCUACCCACAUGCCUUCCUGGCCAACUUUGUGGAGGAUUUUAGAGCCAUAGGACAAAACUACAACAUCAUGUGCAACCACCUGCGGUUUAACCCCUCGGAGGUGCGAAAGGUGAUGGCAGCAAACACCUUCUACUUCUCCAUCCUGAGGAACCCCAUUCCUCUGCUGGAGUCUUCCUACGUCUACUACAAGAAUUAUGCCCCUGCCUUCAGGAUCUCCAAGAACGUGAACGAGUACCUGGCGUCACCCAUGAAGUAUUACCGUCCAGGGAGUUACAGGGACAACAUCUAUGCCAGGAACAUCAUGUGGUUUGACUUCGGCUACGAUAACAAUGCAGAGGACAACACAAAGUACAUCCAGUCAGUCUUGAAGGAGAUUGAGCAGAACUUCCACCUGAUCUUGAUAGCAGAGUACUUUGAUGAGUCCAUGAUCCUCUUGAAGCACAUGUUGUGCUGGGAUCUGGAUGACGUGAUUUACUUUAAGCUCAAUUCCAGAAGCCAAGACACUGUCCAGACCUUGACUCUGGAAAGCAAGGAGCGGAUAAAAACAUGGUGCUCGCUGGACUGGAAACUCUACCUGCACUUCAACCAGAGCUUCUGGAGGAAAAUUGAGGAGACGAUAGGACUUGAGGAGCUGGAGAAGGAGGUGAAUCUCCUGCGAACGAGACAGAAGGAGCUCAUGGAGACCUGUCUGUUGGACCAGGAGGCAGUGAGGAAGAGUCACAUCAAGAACAAAGCUCUCCUGCCUUUCCAGUCAGGGGAUGCAGAUAUCCUUGGGUACAACCUCAGACGAGACUUAGACAACAGGACUCUGAGAACCUGCCAGAAAAUGGUUAUGCCAGAGCUCCAGUACAUGUCCUAUCUUUAUGCUGUUCAACACCCACGCAAGAAGAGGAAGCAGGCAGGCUUGCCCACGAUGUGGAGCAGUUUCCUGGAGAAGAUGCGGCUCCCAACUUCCAACUAG